GCCAUAACGACCGAGCUUGAUACGAAUCAGUAUUUAAAAGAACGUGUUUAGGAGUAAGUCGAGCAUAUUUUUCAGUCUGUGAUUAUUUCGGUGGAACUUUUGUCGUACGCGAGUGGCGAGUGAAAUUAGACAAUUUAUGGUGACACUUUGGAGUCAUGGAAAUCGCGCAAAAAUUGAAUUUCCGAGCAUGUGAGAUCGAGGACGAGGAGCUGAAUAUUAGCAGUCGGACCAACAGCUCGGGAUGCGAUGUAGACGAUGGUUCAGAUUCUUCAGCUGAGGAUUUUGGAAUGUCACCGUUACCGCACCCAAGGAAGCUAUCUUUUAGCAAUUUAAUGGACUGCUGUGACAAUGAUGCUAACAAGCCCCAUCACUCUAAUGACAAGGCUGCAAACUCCUCCAUGACAGCUUCUAUAGGAAUCAGAAUUCCUCCCAGAGGAGAUGGUGGAUCUCCUUCGAAAAUGUCGAUGGCUUGUAGUCCGCCCUACAAAAGGGUGCGAGCCCUGAGACUUUUUGAUUCCCCAGCAACACCUAAGACGCUACUUGAGAAAAGUACAAUGCACACGCCUGUACCGUACAAAUGCUCGAGACUAUUUUCCAUGGAAAAACCUAGGCCUGUAGCUACCGGUUUUCAAAGUAAGGCUGACAAACCUGCAGCUAAUAUCAAUCCAUUCACACCAAAUGGGAUGCUGCUGGCGGUUAAAAAGAGGAGCAGAUCAAAGCGAAGCCUCAAUGGAUCUCCAGAAAUUGUAGUACCAAAGUUCGAUUUGGAUUCCGAAGACUCCGACAACGAAGUAGUGGAACAGCCAACGAAACGAGUUGCUUUACAAGAUUCCAACAUCCCUCGAUACCGUCAAGAAUUCCUCGAGGUAGAGUUAAUAGGCUCAGGAGAAUUCGGCUCCGUUUAUAAGUGUAUCAAUCGAUUAGACGGUUGUACAUAUGCUAUAAAGAAAAGCCUAAAACCAGUAGCCGGUAAUAUCAACGAGAAGAACGCGUUGAACGAAGUCUACGCUCACGCAGUUCUGGGAAAACACGAGAAUGUCGUGCGAUACUACUCAGCUUGGGCAGAGGAUAAUCACAUGAUAAUCCAGAACGAGUACUGCAAUGGUGGGAGUCUUGCUGACGCAAUAAUGAAUUUACAAGCAGAGAAAAGGUGCUUCUCCGAGGUGGAGUUGAGGCAGUUGUUAUUGCAUGUGGCGAAAGGACUCAGGUGCAUUCACAGUAUGCAACUAGUUCACAUGGAUAUCAAACCCGGGAAUAUUUUUAUCUCGAAGGAGAAAAAACUGCAUGCGAUGAACGAUGAUUCGGCGGACGAUGGCUUUGAUGAGGAGGAGACGGUCGAGGAGGAAAUUACCUAUAAGAUUGGCGAUUUUGGACAUGUAACGUCGGUAAACAAUCCUCAGGUUGAAGAGGGUGAUUGCAGGUAUCUGCCGACGGAAAUUCUUCAAGAAAAUUUCACGCAUCUACCAAAGGCGGAUAUUUUCGCGCUGGGACUGACGGUUUAUGAAGCUGGCGGUGGUGGUGCAUUGCCGAAAAACGGACCUGAGUGGCACAAAAUUAGGAACGGCGAGUUGAAGGAACUUCCGCACUGUAGUAGCGAAUUUAACGACUUGAUAAAGCUUAUGGUUCAUCCGAAUCCCGAAAUGAGGCCGACAGCAAUCUGUUUAAUCCAGAAUAGACUGUUUUGUACAAAAACCAAAGCACAAUUGCGUCGCGAGCCCAACGCUGAGAAACUGAAGGACGAAGAAAUGAAGACUAGUACAUCGAACGUGGCGAUAACAACAGGUGAUAACAACUCCGGAGGAUACAGACUGCGACCCACGCCAACGAGGCUCUCUUCGCGAGCGAUAGGCAAAAAAGUCAAUCGUAGUCAGAGCACUACGAACUUCUAAGUGUCAUAAAUCGAAGUCGUCUUCGAAAAUUUUAAGCUAAGCGGAAACUGUUAUCGAAGGAGUGGUGCCCGUGGGUACCUUUAUAUUGUGAUAUCGUUAAUUCUAGUUCAUAAGCGAAAACUUGGUUAGAAUGAUACGGUAUGCAGAGUGAAAUUGCGCGUCUUCAUGGUUCCAUUUUUUCUUUUUUUUCUUUUCUUAUUGUUUCGUACUAGUUUUCUGUUUAAUGGUAGAAUUGUUGCUGGACCCCUUCACCUCUAAUUAAAAUUACAUUCCUUAAUUCCAAGUUGAUCGAUAAAAUUGAAGAAUUUGGAUUUAUUUUAAAGGAUAUAUUUUUAAAAGCAGGUGAAUCAAUUCCAUCAAAAUUUAAACAAAAAGCGUUGUUACUAUACCUUGUUUGAAAAACUGCGCGAAUAUGAUGUUAGAUCUGAAUUUUCAUAUUUUUAAAGACUUCUCUAAAUUUUUAUAGACUUCUUUAAGGAAUAUUCUUUGACGAAUAUACGCGCUAGUUUAUUGAACUAAAUGUUAAAAUUCUGUUUUCCACUCGAGGCAUCGCAUUUACAUUUGACGAGUGAACUUGAAUUAAAUAUUCCAUCUUGACAAUUUAAAAAUAAAAUGAUUUCCUUUGUAUUAGUAUUAUCGAGCGAAUCUCUGAUGUGAUUCAAACUUUUGUUUAAAAUAACUUAUUUUUGUGAUUUAUUCUAAUGACUUGUUGAUGUAAUUCAGUUUUAUAAAUCACAUUUGUAGGAAUGCGUGCAUGUCUAUCGAUAAAAUGAUUUUAUUAUUCGGAAUAGUAUUAUUCUAUCCAACCGAUUUCCUUACUUUUAAUUUUUUUCAUUAUUUAAAACUAGUUUUCACAUCUGUAAAUAAUACUGAAAGGUAACUCCCACGAUUAACAUUUUUUAUACAAAAAAUCUACUGAAUUGAAAAUAGGAAUUAGUAUUGUGCUUCCUCUAAAAUAUAAAACUUCGAAGUAAUCUAAAUUAUAAAUUUUCAGAAUUCGACGCUAAAAUUGACACUUGACUGUUUCGAUCCGACAAUAGCUUUUCAGCUUUCAUGACUGCCUUAGACUUUUUUUAGACAAAUCUGAAAUUAUCUGGAUGAUCCAUAAGACCUUUGGCAAUUUGACUCUGCGUAAAAAUGAAAGAAAUAGUGAAAAAUCUUUUUAAAUAUUAAAUUAUUUUUGUAGAAAUUUUAAUAGCGUCUGUUCUCAGCAUGCUUUGAAAUUUGACUCACAAUUUCUUAUUCUCUAUCAUAUAAGUUGUAACAAAUAUCGCUGUAUUAUAUUCAAACCGAAAGUCGUUUCUUAGUUUAAUCGGCGUUUUUAGUUCUUAAGAUAUUCAUAUUGGUUCAUAUAAUAAACAUAUAAAAGUGAAAAGUGUUUUUGAAAAACUGUUUAGCCAUAAAUCGAAGUCUUCACGGUUCUCGUGUUGACUCCUAAAACAUGAAUUAAGAAGACGAUUUUACUUUUAAACGAGAUAGUUUUUUUUCUAAGGCACUGUCGUACUAGUUGUUAUUUUCAAAUUGCGAUAGCAGAUAUUCAAAACGGCGUGUUAUCACUUUGAAGAUUUUACAUGGUUAGAAAUUAAUUUUGACUUCGCUUGUUUUUCCCCCCUCAUUUCGUCGAUUAUUUUCUGUUCAUUAGAAGCAUGCAUGACUUUUAUAAAGGUACCUGCUUUUACAAGCGGUGUAUUUGUACAAAACCUAACUUUUUGGGUUUUUUGUUUACAAAAGUUACAGCGAAAUACUGGAAUAAUUGCAUGUAAUUGUAUUCUCAUGUCAAAUUAAUUUUUUUUAAGUUGCCAAUUGAAUACAAAUUUUUCGCAAGGGAUUAUUUGUAAAUGUGCUGUACGUAAUUUUCAAGGAAGCUUGUACAGAAAAAAAACUUGUAAAACGAGAAUGUAAAAAAGAUUACUACGUACAUACGUUUAUUUGUGAAAAAGAGUUUUCGAAACAUCUGCCUGUGAGGGUGGACCCCGAACAAAGGCAGAGAAACGCCUUUAUAUUUCGAUACAAUUUGAUCAUUGUUGUUUUUCAUUAUACCUAAUAUUAUUAUUAUUUUAAUAUUAUAACAAACAAAAAUAAAUUCAACUUAAAUUCA